AUCUACUGUUACAUCCACUGUAGUUUUCGACGCGGAUAUUUUCCAGGCACCGGAUAAGGUUAAAUGAUGCUUGUAAACGCUUAAAUUAUGAGCUUAACGUCCACAAUUGCCCAGCAUCAUUUCUGCAACUAGCUGCCUGAUGCCAAGAGAAAAAAAGACUACCAAAAGACUCCGCACUGCAUCAACAGACAGUGAACGUGAGAACACUGAUAGCAGUAAGGGGUCGUCCACAAGCCAGCCACCAAGCCCCACCAAGAAACGCAAGAAACCUCCCGGCCUAAAGGGGCCCGGGAGUGGUUCUGGAGGUGGCAACCUGGCUCCCCCACCUACCCCUAGUGGUGACAACAUCGUAGCCUCCAACCCAUUUGAGGACGACCCGAGCGGCGCCACUGCAACCGCUCGGGGUCUCAACCUACUAACGCGCCGCCUCGGCCGCACAGCGGCCAUGAACAAUCAGUUUGGACCUUACGGCAACUCAUUUCAUCACCAACAUGGUAUGCCACCAGGUGGUGGCGGCGGUGGUGGUGGUGGGCCUUACCCUAACAACAUGGCCAACAGUCACAACUCCAAUGGCCCCAUGCCUCCCAUGAUGUACAAUAACCCUCAGACUCUUUUCCCUUGUGGGAUCUGCCAUCAGCAGGUCCAGGAUUCGGAAGACGCGGUGAUCUGCGUCAGUAGCUGCCAUACGUGGUUCCAUCGCAUCUGCACGGGUAUGACGACAACGGCCUACACGCUCCUCAACUCCGAGCAUGCGGCAGAAUGGGUUUGCGAUCGGUGCGUACGGGAGAAGAAGAUUCCCUUGGUCCGGCUGAAGACACAGCCAAUCACGUAGAUCUACGCUUUCUUGCUUAUGUUUUGUAUAUAUUGGAUUAUCACCAGAGGCAUUGUUCAUAUCAGAAUGCACUGAUCUGUUAAUGCCCAUUGCACAUAGGUAAUAUGAAUUUUAUAUCCUCUGUGUGUAUGCUUGCAUUCUUUGAAAGCAAUUGUUUUUACCAACAAUAUUUCAAAGGAAUUCCCACACCUUCCUCUGCUUUGUCAAGUUAGACAAGUAGCAUUUGAAGUUACAUUAUUGGCAAAGGAUUCUUCUUGGGCAUUGAUUAGUGGAGGACAUAAUGUAAAUUCUAAUGAUUUAUGGUAUUAAUUGAUAGAGUGUAAUUAUGUUGAAAUUUGUAGGGUCAUCAAAUUUCUUUUAAACAACCGAAUAGAUGUCGUGCAAACUCCUCUUUAAAAAAAAAGUAUACAUGUAUUGUUUAUUUAUUGUAGUUUUGUGACUUGGUGGUGAAUAAAGAGGCUCUCCACAUCGCUCUUUAUACUCCAUCAUCAUCUAUAGAGUGAUUUCAGAAGGGCUGUAAUAAGAGUGUAUGGAAGAACCUCUAAACGUGCAUUUACAAUGAUCAAGUUCUUUGGGCGAGGAUCAGCAUUUUGAAAUAUGUUUACUGGUAGUUCAUAUAUGGAUACAUCCUUGAGCCUUGGAACAUUUUGUCUAAACACUGAUCUGGGCCCCAUAACACAAAGGUUAGCGAUAUUAAUCCGAUCGCCAAUUUGAAAUAACAAUUCUUAUUGGUUCCUAGUCAAUGUACUGAGCGAAAUGCACAUGCAACGAUGGUGUUAAUAGGCCAUUUCAUUUAGUGAUUAAUCGCUUGCCUUUGCGGGCCCUGGAUUGGUUGUAAAUGAAACAAAUCUAAUCGCUUUCACAUUUGAGCUAAAUAUUAAAAAAAAAACAAUCAAAUUGCCUUGAAAUAUAGGCAUGAAUGUAGCCUUGCUAAUGACCUUCUGACUUAAAAAUCAAGUAAGAUAUCUCAUCUAAGAAAUAGAUAUUUUCUCUAUCAUUUUACAGUACGCGUGAACCUAAUACACGCACUUGUAGUUUAAGGUCGAGGCCAUCUCAACAUUAAGAUGAUUUGAAUAACUAGAGAAAACUCAAUCAUUACACAUCACAGAAUGCAGUGAUUGUACAAAUAAAGUGAACCCAUUUACAUUGCAGUAUUGUGUCUAAGAGUCCUAUCCUUGAAAUAACCGCAAAAUCGGACUUGAAAGGAGAAAAUUACCCCCCCCCCUUCCAGUAAAGGAUUAGAUAUGCUUCAGGUAUAUGUUUAAUCGAUAUUCAUUUUUUUAUGUAUUCUUGUGAUUUAGAAUGUUAAGCUCUUAUUUAUUUCAAGUCAUUGUUAAUAACUCUUAUGGUACGACUGUAAUUGAAAUUAGGCAAACUAAUUAAUAUGGGUUUGUUUGGACAGGAGCCAAAAGACAGAACUUAUGUAACAAUUUAGGUGUGAUCAGUAAGUCUUACAUGAGAGACACUUGAAACAAAUAAUAAAAUCAAAUGCAUUGUUCAAAUUUUAAAAAGAAACAAGCAGUGGUCAGUAUUGUACUUAUAACUGAAAUAAUUUUGAUAAUGUCAUAUUAUUGUAAAUUAAUAUUUUCUUUUGUAAGCAUUGAACCCUAUCCAUUUCUUCCACUCAUUCAUUGGAAGUAAAAAUUAAUAUUUGAAAUAUACUGUAAUAAAUGCCAAAUUAAAGUGUCUUCCCACAACAAUGUAAAGAGGAUUUAUUGUGAACAAGUUACAAGAAUGUAUUUAGCUUUUAGUAGUGAGGCAUAGCCAAUUAGCCACAUUGCAGUAUAUGUUUGUUUUGAAGUAAAUUUGUCUUUUAUACUGUGAGCAUUUUUCUUAUCAGAAAUUUAAAAAAGCGACACAAAUAUCAUGUUCUGUAAUAUUUGUCAUUACAUUUUUCUAUAAUCUGAAAAAAAAUGUCUAGAUAUUUUAUGAAAAGGAUUGUCUCAAAAUGUUGACUGAUGAUAUUUAUAUUUUGUCUUAACAGUUUUGAACUCCCAAACCACAAGAGGUUGCACUGUAUAAAGAUUCUUUGUAAUAUGGUCAAAUACAUGUAGUUUAAACUGCACUAUGAAACUGAGGAUUAAAAUAUCUUAACAAUGUUAAGCAAAUCUUCACCUGCCUACUGUCAAAAUAUGCCAUGAAAAGCAUUUGUAUUCCAAUGGUCUAUAUUAAAGUACUUCUCAGAUAGUUUAAUACCACAUGGGUCAUUUGGUCCACUAUUAAUUUGGUCUAAUUGUCGUUUAGUCUAAUUCUCAAAUGGUUAAUUUAAUUUAAUCAUAAAGACUAGUUAGAACAAGUGGGUUAUAGACAAAAUUGAGAAUGGGCUAAAUGGCACUUUGACUAAGUGGUUAGGAAAUGAACUGGUUACAAUAGAGGAAAUGGGUUUAGACCAAGUGGGAUCAGAUCUGGGGCCCGUCUUACAAAGAGUUGCGAUUGAUCCGAUCAAUCUCAAGUAAAUGGAAAUCCAUGAAUGUCAUAAUUUUUUCUCUAGGAAAUUUGCUCAUUCUCCUUUGAAAAUCAAAGAGUAGCACCUUGAAUUAUCAAGAAAAUAGUGAAUAUAUGAAUUAACCUCAUUUCUGCAAAAUAUUUGAACAAACAUAUAAUUUUAGAUGUUGACGUUGCUGGCUUUCCAUAGUUGCGAUUGAUCGGAUCGAUCGUAACUCUUUGUAAGAUGGGCCCCUGAUGAAAUGUAGGCCAUUAAAGUGAUUAAAUUUACCCAUGAAAACGUACCAAUGGUCAUUUAUGAACUUAGAAUGGUUUGAGUCACCUUUGAAAAGACCACUUUGGCAGAAGAGAAUAUCAUAUCUGUACAAAUAAGGCAGUAAACGCAAAUCAAACUUCCCAGCAUUUAUUCUACACACACCAGAGCAGGUGCAUUAUUUGUUUUAUCAAAUAGUUGCCCAGAACACAGGUCUUCAAAGGGUCUUAUAGUUUAUUUUUUUGGUAUUCUGUCUGCUGGAGCAUGCAUGUCACUUUCCGGGGCACACCUGUUUGCAAUGUACAAAUUAAUUUGAAUGUCCAGUGUUUCAACAAUUUGCAAUGCUCAAGAUAAUAUGCCUUAUAUAAUUAAUAAUGCACCUCUUGCUGGUUUUACUUCCAGUUUGCACAGUAAUGAUAAAGCAUAUUGAUGCACUGUGCAUUCAAGCAGAACUUAAUUUUCAUCUAACUGGAAUUUACCUUUGCAAGAGAUAGCCGUUUCAUUACUGAUUCACGAGUAAGGAUUUUACUUUAAUAUUAUUGUUGAUUUGCCUGAUAUGAAAUGUUCUGAUUCACUUUUUCUGGAAAAUAGGAUUUUGGACGAUAUUUCUCAUUGUAUAUUUAAGUUUUAUUUACUGUUGGCCUAUGGAAUAUUUAUUGUAAUUUAGGGAACUGUAAAUUAAAUUAAUGAUGAAAUUAUAUUGACAUUUUGUUUCAUUGCUUUCCUCUAAUAAUAUGAAAAUAUCAAAUCAUGGAAGUUUUUGCAUGGUUUUUGUAUUCAAUAUGAAAUAAAGUAGUGAAAUCCUCAAUAUUUUGGAGCCCUUGUACGUGUAUGUAGAGUGCUUAAGUGAAGUGGAUCAGCACAUAUUUUUGUUUUGUGUGUGUCUGUGUCACAACAUAUUUAUGAUCAUAUUUUUUGGUAGCAAAUGAUGACACCAAAUUUGACAUAAGGCAUGGGGACCUAUUACAGGCAUGGUUCAGAACUAUUCUUGUAACCAGGCCAAAAUACACCAGUUUCAUUGGGACCAAGUACUUGUAGGUAUGCUUGUGGCAUAUCCCUGGGCCCAGGCCCCCAGGAACCAGUUCCUACCAAAUAUGGGACAUUGGUUGUUUUCUCAUGCCAAAAUGUGAUGUCCAAAGCACAGAAAUAUAAAAGAAAAGUGUUCUAGAGCAUCAUCGUUUGAAUACUCUAUUUAAAGGACUUUCACAAUUAGUUGUGCAACCAUUUGCUACAAUGCUACCAUUCACCUGUAUAUUUUGUACAUGAUCACAACCAUCGCAAAUAGUUGCACGACAGAUUGCGAGACCCCCUUUAGAAUCAAUAAACACAUACAGUAUUUAUUAUAUUUGUGUUGAUGAGAUCAUGUUAGUUUCAUGUUACAUUUACAUUUGCCAAUGUUGAAAACAUCCCCUUUCAUUUCAUUUUUUAAGGCUAUACAUGUUGUAUUUAUAAUCAUGGAACCAACAAUUUUGAAGAAAAACGUUCAAAUGCAAAUUUGUCAGUCGUGACUGUCUAACUUAUCUUUGUAUAUUGUACAGAGUACUUAUUGAAAUUCUUAUGAGGUUUUAAAAUUACAACUUUGACAACUAAGAUUACCCAA